AUGUCUCAUCCUAAUAAACGCCAGAAGGUCAAAGAUGACUAUCUUUCAUCGUCAUCCGUCUCUGCUCUUUCGAAGGUCCGGCUACGACACCAACAUGAUGCACUACAGGAAACCCUGCGCUCUAGUACUGGACAGGGAAAGAAGACCAAAUUUUUCUCGGAAUCACCUGAACCGUCUGGCCGAUCAAUUCCACCUCCUCCGAUAUCUAAACCAUCAAAGCAUACUGGCGCAGUGAAAGAAUCUUCAACUACCAAUGGGGGCAUUAGCGAGGUCGAGGCUAUAGAGCUUCGUCAAAAGAAUGAAAAAGCAAGGAAGAAAUUGGAGAGGAAAAAGCGAAGGUUAGCCGAUAAGGAACGAGCUGACAAAGAAGCUGAAGAUGGCGGGUAUUCGUCUUGGAACGGCUUUAGUGACAGCCAGGAGCCCAGGUCGAAUACUGCUCCUCCCCGAAAGAUCCGCAAAAGGCUCGUUGAAGAGGCAGUCGUGCUGGAUAAGCCGGUGAAAGCGUCGAAGGAGGGAAGGAAGCGUCCAAAAUCACCUCCUGCCACUAACUCUACCUCAAGAGACACCAAACCUGAACGGCUUACAAAGGAGCGAAAGCGAAAGAGACAGGAGGAUAUUGACUCUAACAAGCCUUCUCUUAAACAAUCGAAGAAGCCACUUACCAAGGGAGAAUCACCAGUAUUCCCGGCCGUUCCGGAGAGUACUACGGACUUCAUGCUGCCCAACUCAAUAUUAGUACCUCCUGCUGGGCGGAAGAAGCCAACCACUAAAGUAGAAUCACCGGUGUUCCCAACCGUUCCAGAGAGCACUACCGAUUUCGUGCUACCAAACUCAAUAUUGGGCCCUCCUGCCGCACGGAAGCCAGCUACCAAAAGAGAUUCACCAAUAUUCCCAGCCAUCCCAGGGGGCGAGGGUACGGAUUUCAUGCUGCCUGAGUCAUUGUUAACAUCGAUCUUGACCCAGAAACCGGCUAAAGCUACUUCUAAGAAGAUCGAAAGUGUCUGGGAUAGACUUAAGUCGAAUCCCAAGGAGUCUUCUACAAAUCCGUCUACGGAAUCAUCGAAAGCAUCACUGGGGUCAGGGGAUCCUGUAUCUGAAAACUCCAUGACAACCGCUAGUUCUGGUCCCAAACCAUCGUCUGAACUACAAACGAUCCCACAGAAGCCUCAUCAAGAGGCACCACCUCUAUACAAAAACGCUGAGAAGAAGGCGCUAUUACAGGACAAGUUAGAGCCCCAACGGGAAGCGCCUUUGCAGAAUAAGGCCUAUAAAAACCUGCCACCGCAAGACAAAACAGAGGUUCAACAGCAAGCGCCUCUCCAGAAUAAGAUUAAAAAGAAGGGUUUACCGCGUGAAAAAACAAAGGUUCAACAGGAGGUACCUUUGCAAAAUAAAGUCUAUAAAAACUUGCCACCACAGGAUAAAGUAAAGGCUCAGAAAGAGGUGCCCCUGCAGAAUAAAGUUGAGAAGGAGGCCCGGCAUGAGGCACCUCUAAAAAACAAGCUCUUUAAGGACGUGCUAUCGAGUCAUAAAACGAAGUCUGAACAGGAAGUUGGGAACGACUCUACCACGGGUCUAGUCGACCCGCUGACGCCUGCCCCGCCAAAGCCACCCGUCAAAUCAAAAGAGCAAAUCUCUCGAGAACUCCAGGUGGUCCGCACAUCCCUUCCCAUCUGGGAAUUCCAGGAUGAAAUCCGCGCCACUAUCCGCAAGUCCAAUAGUAUGGUCCUGGUUGGUGAAACAGGUUCUGGUAAAUCCACACAGAUAGGUCAAUUCCUCCUAAACCAACCCUGUAUGUCUAGGAUGACUAGUGCAGGCGGGAAAAAAUACGGUGGAUGCAUUGCUAUCACCCAACCUCGUCGAGUGGCUGCAAUUUCGCUUACGCAGCGUGUUUCUAAUGAAAUGGGCACUACUCUCGGCAAGGAAGUCGGCUAUUGUGUUCGAUUCGAUAAUAUGAGCGACCAUAGCACGAAAAUCCGUUACAUAACUGACGGCAUGUUGCUUAAUGAGAUUCUACACGACCCUGAGUUGUCACGUUACUCUGUGAUCGUCGUUGAUGAAGCUCACGAGCGUAGUGUGUCUACAGAUCUUGGAAUGGGCCUUCUCAAGGGCAUUGUCGAGGCUCGUAGGAAGAAGAAGGUACCUUUGAAGCUAAUUGUCAUGAGCGCUACCCUAAACGUGGAAAAAAUGGCAAGUUAUGUUGGUGGGCAUCCAGAAACCGGGGAAGUCAGCGAAAAGUUCCCGCCAGCACCUAUCUGUCGAAUUCCUGGAAAGAUAUUCCCUGUGGAGGUCUUUUAUACGCCAACGUCGAUCGAUAAUUUCCAAACGGCUGCGGCCAAGACAAUAUUCCAAGUUCACUACCAACAACCAUGUCCCGGAGAUAUCCUCGUUUUUUCUACUGGAAGCGAGGAAAUCGAGGAACUGGCAUCAAUGGUCGAGGAGCUGGCUCUACAGAUGGAACCCGACAAGCCCAAGCUGAACGUUAUGCGACUAUACGCUAGUCUCGACCCCGCAGAACAACAGAGGGUCUUCGUUAGGGGGAAUCCUAAGGAACGCAAGGUCAUCAUUGCAACAAAUAUCGCUGAAACCUCUGUCACCGUCCCGGGCGUCCGACACGUUAUUGACUGUGGAAAAGUAAAAAUGAAGCGAUUUAGGCACCAGCUUGGUAUUGAGUCGCUCCUUGUCACGGACAUUUCACAGGCUUCCGCCCAACAACGAAAAGGUCGAGCAGGUCGUGAAGCUCCCGGCACUUGCUACCGACUCUACACUCAAGAUUUCUUCAAACAGCUUCAAAAGGACACUGAACCUGAGAUUCUCCACUGCGACCUAGCCGGUGCGAUGUUAACAUUGCUUGCUAUUAAAUCCGAAAAUAGUAUGGACACAGUUAAUAACUUCCCAUUCCUGGAUGGUCCUAGCCAUCAGAGCAGGGUGAAAGCUUUGACGACAUUACAUGAACUAGGCGCUAUUAACGACAACGGUAACAUUAGUGAUGUCGGGAAGAAGAUGAGCAAAUUCCCGCUGCCUCCGGUACAAAGCCGGGUUAUUGUAGCUGCAAGCGAGGAAGAGAAGUCCAACCAAAGUAGCGAGGAAAAUGUUUUGGUUGAUGUUAUUGAUGUCCUUAGUUGUCUCUCGGUGGAUGGAAACAUCAUAUUGCAGCCCGCAAGAUGGAAGAAGACCUUGGCGGAGCCGAAGGAAAAAUCCGAUCCUUUGCUUGCUAAAAAAAAGAAGAGGAGGCAUACGGACGAGGAAGACUCGGAUGAAGAAUUAACGCAAGAGGAGAAGGUGCAGAACAAGCGGAUGGAUAUUGUUCACCCAUCCGGAGAUCACGUUACAUACCUCAAUAUCCUUCGAAGAUAUCUCAGCAAGCGCCCAAGCGAACAAAAGAAGUUCUGCCAAGAGUACCAAAUUUCAUAUUCAUUAAUGCGCAAGGUGGAGAAUAUUCGCAAGCAGCUUCGGGGGUAUUGCCGCCUUGACAAGGUUGGAGACCUACCGAGGGACAGUGAAAUGAGGUACGAGAGUGAUACCUUGGUGGCAAGAUACCCAAGAGUCAGUGCGGAGCAAACUGAAAAGAUCUUGAGGUGUUUUAUGAAGGGCGUUGGGGUUGAAAACAUCGCCAAGAGGACCAACGGUCGGAACUACAGAACAUUGACAUCGACCGGAAAUGUGGCUUCCGGGGUAGAUAUGUCGGUCCAUCCGAGCAGUUGUUUGAUGUGGGAGAGCAUCGAACGUGAAGUCAAGCGGUCAAAGAAAGACAUUUGGAGCGAGGGCGGGCACGACCGGGAACAGAGCAAGAUAGCUCGAGAGGCAGCCAAAAGGAAAGAAGCAUUUGGAGAGGCGGUGAUGUACCAAGAUGUUGUUUGGACGAGCAAGGCGUUUAUGAAAUGUGUGAGCAAGAUUAAGUUGGAGUGGACGGCUGAGGUCUUUGAGGGCCUCACCUUAUUUGCUCAGUAA